ACAUUGUUAGAGCUUGGAGUUGAGGCUACUGACUGGCCGAUGAACUCGCAAGUGUAGGUAGUGUGCUACACGAGGGGCAAGUUUUUCGCUAACACCAUGAGGGUCUCUGGCCCGAUGAGUGGAGUUUGAUAGUAAUUCUUGCUACAGUAUAACAUUACCGCAUGACAGCUUUGUGGAGAGAUGAAAACAUUUGGAAAACAGUGUGUUUUCUUCUGCCUUUGUCCAUGUUUCUUGCUCAGGCCUCUCAGGCACUUGGCCUUUCUGUUUUCACACCAACUUGAUGGGUUCUACUAUAAGAUUCUAAAAAGGGAGCUCACUCAGUGGGUUUGAUGUGGUGGAUGCUGGCUUGGGAAGUUUUGCGCAUGCGUGGCACCAUUUCCCGUGAACACCCGUGGGAGGUCAUGCCUGAUCUCUACUUCUACAGAGAUCCUGAAGAGAUUGAAAAAGAAGAGCAGGCUGCUGCUGAAAAGGCUGUGACCAAGGAGGAGUUUCAGGGUGAAUGGACUGCUCCGGCCCCUGAGUUCACCGCCACUCAGCCUGAGGUUGCCGACUGGUCUGAAGGCGUGCAGGUGCCCUCUGUGCCCAUCCAGCAGUUCCCUACUGAAGACUGGAGCGCCCAGCCUGCCACGGAAGACUGGUCUGCAGCCCCCACUGCUCAGGCCACUGAAUGGGUAGGAGCAACCACUGAAUGGUCUUAAGCUGUUCUUGUGUGGGCUCUUAAACAACAUAUAAGAUUCAUGGAAAAUAAACAUCGAGUUUC